UCAUUUUAUAGGUUAUCAUUGUUCUCGUGAUAUAAUGAGAAACUAAACAUGGUAGUCAUCUUUGUUAUAUUCGCAAUUUGCUGCAUUAACUUUGAUUCUGUUUCUGGUAGUGAUGAUAAGAUUUCCAGACUUGAGAAACUUGUUGAACAACAAAAUGUCAUGAUUAUUGAAUUUAAGAAAGAAUUUGAUGUGUUGAAAGACACCGUUAGGAUUCAAAAUAUAAAAAUUAACAGCUUGGAAAAUCAAUUACAAAGCUGUAAGGCUUGUUUUGAACGCAAGGGUUCCAACCUGACUGGUGUACUGCUGUCUCAACAAAGCCGACAAUCUUGGAAUAAACUGAAUGUCGAGAAGCCAAAAGAUAAAGUGAGCGUUCCAAACAACAGACUACAAACAGAUUUCAGACGAAAUAGGAGAUUACUGCUGUCCGGAUCUAACGUUGAUUCCCCACCAAUUAUCGCAUUUCACGCAUACCUUUCCAAAUCGGAAAUAGACCCUGGACACCAUCAUACUAUAAUUUUUGAUUCUGUCCUCACCAAUUCCGGGAAUGGCUACAAUAAACACUCUGGAACAUUCAUUGCUCCUGAGAAUGGUAUGUACGUUUUUGCUUAUACCGUCGUUGGGUACGCAGGAAGUAGAAUGCCAGUUCAUUUGGUUGUUAACAGUAACAUUGUAGGAGCUACCGCCGCAGAUAGUACAUCGGAUACUCCAUACCCAUCCGUUUCAACUGUGGUCGUUGUUUAUUUGAACCAGAAUGAUACAUGUUUUCUAAGAACUCAUACAAAUACCGGUUAUGUUGUUGGAAAUUUGUAUAGCAGCGAAUGGUCAAGAUCAUCCUUUUCUGCAUGGAAACUUUGAGUUGGACUUUUUGAACGUUCCAAUAAAAUGAUGUUCUUGAAAGAUGUUGAA